AUGUGGAACGCGGGAAACAGCGGCGACGGCGGUCAGGUGGCUGCCAGAAUGGAGACCACGCCGUCACCGGGCAGUGCUAGCAUCUCUGUGUCGCAGCAGCAGGCUCCCAAAAAGUUUGCCCCCGUGGUGGCGCCCAAGCCGAAGUUCAACCCGUACAAGCACGCCACAGACCCGGACCCUUCUGCUGACUACCCUCCUCCUCCUCCACCGCCCGCCACCGACCCGAUCCGCUCGCCGUCGUCAUCGGCCGCUUCCUUCCCGCCGCCUCCGCCCGCCAACUCGUACGACUAUCAGACAAGAGGACCUGAGAAGACCCUUGAAGAGCGCCGCUCGAGCUUGGACGCCGAGAUCGACUCUCUCACUAGCAUCCUGGCCGACCUGGAGAGCAGCUCGCCGUACAGGCCGCGAAACACUCAGACCCUCGGCCCUUCCUCAGUGUCCACCCCUAGUGCUCCAGUGACGGGUUACAAGCGCAUGGUCAUCCCCAAUCAGCCGCCUUUGACCGCCACCAAGAAGUCCACCCCGAAAGCCCAAGCCCCGGGCGUCGGAUCAUCAACGCUUCCUGCAAAACUCCAACCUGUGGCGGCGUCCUACGCUACCGCGUCCACGCCAAGCCAGCCCACCUUCAAUGUCCAAGUACGGUCUGCUCAGCCCAGCCCCCAGCACCCGACCGGUGGCGGGCAGCACUUCGGCGGGGGUCAGCAACCGGCGCGCGGCCACACCCAGGCGCAAUAUUUGCCGGCCCAGCCCAAAGGGCCCGACUUUGCCUACGGGCCGCCCCAGCCGGGGUUCUCCCCGGGUGGUCUGGGUGCCUAUCAGGAGCAGCAGGGGUACACCAGACCCGAGCCCCAACCCUAUCAGGCGGCGGGCCCUAAGAAGACCUACAUCACUGACGUGCCGCCCAGUCUGGACCCCUACCCUUCUGGACCGGUCAUUACACCAAAGACGGGCGGAGAAAGCGGCGGCGGACCCCCGGCGGCCCACCCUGAGGAUGAACUGGAGCGUCUGACCAAAAAGAUGCUCUUUGACAUGGACCACCCUCCGUCCGAGGAAUACUUUGGGCGCUGUGCCAGCUGUGGGGAAAACGUGGUGGGCGAGGGCACCGGCUGCACGGCCAUGGACCAGGUCUUCCACGUGGACUGUUUCGUGUGCAUGACCUGCAGCAGCAAGCUGCGCGGCAAACCCUUCUACGCCGUCGACAAGAAGGCCUACUGCGAGCCCUGCUACGUGAACACGCUGGAGACGUGCAGCAUGUGCAGCAAACCCAUCAUGGAGCGCAUCUUGAGGGCCACGGGCAAGGCCUACCACCCUCACUGCUUCACCUGCGUGGUCUGCAAACGCAGCCUUGAUGGCGUGCCCUUCACCGUCGACGCCUCCAACCACAUCCACUGCAUACAAGACUUCCACAAGAAGUUUGCGCCGCGCUGCUGCGUGUGCAGUGAGCCCAUCAUGCCAGCCCCCGGUCAGGAGGAGACGGUUCGCAUUGUGGCUCUGGAUAGAGACUUCCACGUGCACUGCUACCGCUGUGAGGACUGCGGCUGUCUGCUGUCGGAGGGCGACAACCAGGGCUGUUACCCUCUGGAUGGACACGUCCUGUGCAAGAACUGUAACAGCGGACGCAUCCAGGCGCUCUCCGCUAAGGCCACCACUGACCUCUAA